AUGCCUGUCUAUGCUGCACAUACACCCGGUAGUGUCUCCUCUUUUUAUUCCCCUACAUACACCCCAGUAGCAUCUGCUGCUUAUCCUGAUUAUAGCAGCAGCAGCAGCAGCAGAUACAGCAGCGGCAGCACCAGCAGCAGAUACAGCAGCAGCGGCACCGGCAGCAGCAGCAGCAGCAGCGGAUAUUAUGCACCAUCUACGCUUGCUGCUGAGGUCCUUGGCUCCUACGGGCAGCCAACAGCAGCAGCAGCAGCAGCAGCAGCAGCACCAAUAGGACACCAUACAACAACAUCUGUAUUGCCUGCAGCAGCAACAACAGCAGCAACAAUGCCUGCAGCAAGAACAGCAACAGUGCAUGCAACAACAGCAUCAAUGCCUGCAGCAACAGCAGCAACAGUAGCAGCAACUCCUGCAGCAGCAGCAGCAGCAAUUCAUGAGGGACAAGUAACAAUAGCAGCAGAAGCAGCACCAAGGGAGUAUGUUGUCCCUACAGCAGCAGCAACAACAGCAACAGCAGCAACAGCAGCAACAGCAGCAACAGGUAUGGAGGAAGAAGCAGGAACAGUAGUACUUGCUGACCCAGACUCUAUGGAUGCAACAGCAGCAGCAGCAGCAGCAGAGGAAGUAGGAACAAUGACAGCAGCAACAGCAGCAACAGGUGCUGCUGCAACACAGGAGACAUAUGCAACACAAGUAGCUGCUGCAGUUGCUGCUGCAGAGGCAGCAGCAGUUGCUGCAGCAAGAGCAGCAAGAGCAGCAGCAGCAGCAGAAGCAGAAGCAGCAGCAAAAGCUGCUGCUGCUAUGGCUGCUGUACAGGAGGCCCUAAGAGCAGCAGCACCGCUACCUGCUUCUUAUGCAGCAGAUCCAGCAGCAGCAGUAGCAGCAACAGCAGCAGCAGCAGCACAAACAGCAUCUGCAGUAACAACAGACUCCGUCAUAGUUGUCCCUGGGGGAGAAGCAACACCAGCAGCAGCAGCAGCAGCAGCAGCAGGAACAGACACAGAGACUGCAGCAGCAGACACAGCAGCAACUCUUCCUUUUACAGGUAUCCAUGAGGAUGUAGCAGCAGCAGCAGCAGCAGCAGCAGACACUCCCCAGCCUGUCAUGUACACAGCAGCAGAAGGAGCAGAAUACGCAGCAGCAACAGCAGCAGCAGCACAUGCAGCACACCUACAUCCAGAUACAGCAGCAGAAGCAAUGAUGCUGCUGCCUGACGAGCAGCACGAGGAGUCAGCAGCAGCAGCAGCAGCAACACAGCAUGCAGGACAUUCUGUUACUGGAGAGGAGCAGCAGCAGCAGCAAAGCGAUGAACUGCAGCAGCAGCAGCAGGAAGAAGAACAUCCUCUAUAUCACCAUCAUCAGCAACAACAUCCAGAGCAGCAGCAGCAGCAGCAGCAAGAGGAGCUGCACCACGAGGAGCAGCAACAGACACACGAGGAGCAGCAACAGCAGCAGCACCAGCAGCAGCAGGAGACGCACGAGCACACAGUAACAGCAGGACAGGAAGAAACAGCUGAGUUACUGCAGCAAACAGCAGCAGCAGCAGGAGACGCAACCGAAGAGCAGCAAGCAGAGGACCAACAGCAGGAGCAAGAGCAACAGCAGCAGCAACAGCAGCAGGAGCAGCAGCAGCAGCAACAGCAGCAGCUGCUGCUAGACAACGCGUUAGCUGGGGUAUAUGAGGCAUCAGGAGCUUUGCCAUCUGUGGAAGAAGCAGCAGCAGCAGCACAAGCAGCAGCAGCAGCACAAGCAGCAGCAGCAGCAACAACAACAGCUUCCUCUCCUGUGUCUGCUGCUACACCAGCAGCAGAAACCUCAGAAACAGCAACAGCAGCAGGAGCAGCAGCAGCAGAAGGCGGUGCGGCUGCAUCAGGCAGCACCCAAGUAGAAGCAGCAGCAGCAACAACAACACCAGAAACCACUACAGCAGCAGCAGCAGCAGCAGCAGCAGCAGCAGCAGAUGCAGCAGGAGGAGAGAGUGGCGUGCUGCCUGCAUUUGAUGAUUCUCCUCUCUUACCUCCUGUUGAUGAGUUGCUGCAGUACACCCACCAGGACGCAGCAGCAGCAGCAGCAGCAGCAGAAGCAGCAGAAGCAGCAGCAGCAGAAGCAGAAGGUACUGGAGCAACACCAGCAGCAACAGAGACUCCAGAAGCAGAAGCAGCAGCAGCAGCAACAGCAGCAGCAGCAGCAGCAGCAGCAGGAGACCAAUACAGCAUGAUGCAAGAAGAAGCAAAUUUAGAUGCACUCUAUGAAAGCCUAGCAGCAUAUACACCACAAGAGCAGCAGCAGCAGCAGCAGCAGCAGCAGGAAGAGCAGCAGCAGCAGCAGCAGGAACAGCAGCAGCAGGAAGCGCAUGACAAACGAGAGGAGGAUUCCACAAGUGCAGACGAGCAGCAGCAGCAGCAGCAAGAGCAGCAGCAGCAGCAAAUGUAUGAGGAGGCUGGCGAGGAGCAGCAGCAGCAGCAGCAGCAGCCUCACCGUCGUCAGGAGCAGCAGCAUC